AGGAGCUAAAAGACCUCAGAAUCAUCUCAAGUACAUUCAAUUAACCAAAAAAGUAAAGGAAGGAGAAGCACAAAUGGCGUCCUUAACCAAAAAAUCCAUCUUCAACCUCUCCAAGGCCUUCCCAAAUCGAGCCUCCUCUGUCUUUAUCGGUCGUCAAAUCUGGAAGGGAGGAUAUGUUGCAACAGAGGAGUCGUCGGAACCACCACAGCGCAGGCACGAGAGGAACUACGGGAGCAGUGAAACGGGUGGUAAGGUAUCUGAAAUGGCUGAUAAGGCGAAAGAAGUGAAGGAUAAAGCAAAGGAAACAGCUCAAGAUGCUUGGAAGGCAAUUGAGGAUACUGCUGAAGAGAUGAAAGGAAAGGUAGUGGGAGAUGUAGAUCCAGAGAAUGUUCAAGAUGAAAUUAUGGUGGAAGAUGAAAAAGAACUUAGGAAGAAGUUGGCUAAAGAACCAGGAGGAAAGCCUGUUGAUGAAGAUAAAGGCGUUGAUUUGAAUUGGAGACCCAUUGUUGAGAAGAAACCACAAGCUUCUUGAAAACCAUCUUUUUUGCUGUCUUUUUUAAGAAUAAAAAUAAAGCACAGUAGGACUUGUUAGUAGCUUUAAGUUUGUAUUCCCACUCCUCUAGAUCAAUUAAUAAGAGACGACAUGAGCCUGUAUUUUAAAA